UAAAACUAAAAAAAAAAAAAAACUACGCUAGAAAGGAGAAGGAGAAGAGGGAGAAGGACCAGAGAGAGAGAGAAAGUGGAAAACGUUCCAAAAAAAAAAACAACGCACAGAACAGAGACACAAGAACACAUUAACAAAACGGUAGAUGUUUCAAAAAUAAGAAAGAAUCCGAAGGGAAGAAAGGAAUCCCUAGCGACAAGGCUUUUUUCAUUUGGCCAUGGAUCAAUCAAUAUCUUUCUAUUGAUUAUCGAAUCACUCUUCUGCCCCGCACUAACCGGAGAGAUUGAAUUGAUCCAACUCAAAUGGCCAGUAAACCUUUGCCUGAUCAGAAUCUUCCAUACCUGCAAUCCCUCGCUAGGGUUUCAAGUGCGACAUAACGUUAAGAACGAAGAACGAAUCUAUUUGUUGCAGGUUUUUGUUCUUUAAUUGUUAUUUUGUUUGAAUCGCGCGGGCUGUGUGAAUAGAACUCUACGCCCAUGGCGCCGGCUAAAGGAUGUGUGUUGGUGUUGGACAAAGUCAGAAGAUGUGUUCGCACGGUGAUUUUCAUGGUGGCGAUGGUGGCGUCGCUGCUGGUGUCGUCUAUGCCGGUGCUGGUGGCGAUCGGGGAUGUUUUGGUGCCGUGCGUGUUGGUUUCCAGUUUUACUUGUUUGAGUUGCUAUGGAUUUAAGGAGCAUUUGCAUAGAUACGCCUUCAAGAGCUCCUUGACAGAUAUUCCUCUUGUUUCCGUUGUCAGAUCUCUUAUCAUCAUCUGUGUUUAUUUGAUGUGUGAUGCCCCUGCUCUCUCACAUGGUCCCUACCUUGGAACUGUGACACUCUGUUCUGUUGUUUCAGUUCUUCUUCUUUCAGUUAAGGCUUGUGUUUUCACUGUGAAUUCUCAAAUUGAGGCUGAAGCUUCGACUUCCCUUUCAAGGCAAAAGCUCCAUUUGAAGAAGUCAUGGGGAAUGCCUGUCUUAUUUCUGUCAUCAGUGGUUUUCGCACUUGGCCACACUGUGGUUGCUUACAGAACAAGCUGCAGAGCGCGGAGAAAGCUUUUGUUUCACCGAGUUGAUCCAGAAGCUGUGCUAUCUUGCAAAAGUGUUUUCUCUGGUUAUCAGAAGGUGCCUCGGUCUCCCACUCCAACUGCAGGAAGAACCCCAAAAAGUGACAGUGAAAUGAGGCGAAAACCAUUUGGAUCUGUUCAUGAUGAAGGGGAACUCCCAAUCAGAUUGCUCGCUGACAUAGAUAGCUUAUUCAUUACGUGCCAAGGGCUUACUGUACACUACAAGCUCUGUCUGCCUGGUUCCCCCCCUCGUUCUUUAUCUUCCACUGCUUUUCUUGAACCUUCUCCUAGCUGUAGCUCACCAAAGAUGACAGGAGGACGGCUUAAACUUGAGAGGCAGCCAUUCAAUGCAUUAUUGAAAACCCAGCAUAAUCUCCAUAGGAGUUACAGCAAUCAAUUUCACAGCUCUUCCUUAUAUGCUCCAUUAUUGGACGUUUCUCCAACUUCUGCUGUGCUCUCCGAAGAAAUUCCUGUUUUGAACCUAGAUGAUGCGAUUGAGGAGAAUGAAAUAAGCAAAGGAAACUAUGGAUCUCCUGAGCAAGAUAUGGAGGAAAAUGGCCAGUUUGGUAUCGUUCUAAUUCAUGGCUUUGGGGGAGGUGUCUUCUCAUGGAGGCAUGUGAUGGGGGUUCUCGGUCGGCAGGUUGGUUGCACAGUUGCCGCUUUUGAUCGGCCUGGUUGGGGAUUAACUUCUCGGCCUCGUCGGAAGGAUUGGGAAGAUAAAGAAUUGCCAAAUCCAUAUAAGCUUGAAACUCAGGUUGACCUGCUUCUUGCUUUCUGUUCUGAGAUGGGGUUUUCUUCAGUGGUGCUUGUUGGUCAUGAUGAUGGAGGCUUGCUUGCUCUGAUGGCUGCACAAAGACUUCAAACAUCCAUGAAUUCUUUCAAUGUUACAAUAAAGGCACUGGUAUUGCUAAAUGUCAGUUUGUCAAGAGAAGUGGUUCCUGCCUUUGCUAGGAUACUCUUGCGUACUUCACUUGGGAAGAAGCACCUGGUUCGCCCCCUACUUCGAACAGAAAUUGUUCAAGUGGUGAACAGGCGUGCAUGGUAUGAUUCUGCCAAGCUAACAGCAGAGACUUUAAGCCUCUAUAAGGCCCCUCUAUAUGUGGAAGGUUGGGAUGAAGCACUCCACGAAAUAGGCAAACUUUCAUGUGAGACUGUCCUCUCACCGCAGAUUUAUGCAUCAUUGCUGAAGGCAGUAGAAGACAUGCCGAUAUUAGUCAUUGCUGGUGCUGAAGAUGCCUUUGUCCCUCUCAAGUCCUCCCAAGUCAUGGCUUCAAAACUUGUAAAUUCUAGACUGGUUGCCAUAUCAGGAUGUGGCCAUCUUCCACAUGAGGAGUGCCCCAAGGCAUUACUUGCAGCUAUGUCGCCCUUCAUAAGCAGACUAUUGUUGAGAUCAGAUUUGGAAAACCAAUAGGAUACCUCUUUUUAACUUAUCAAUAGGCUUUUAUCUGUUGUAGGCGUUUUUCUUGCUUCUCUUUUUUCUACGCCUUACCUUUCCUCCCCUGCUCCCUUCCCUUCUCUUUUUUCUUGUUCUUGUUUUUGUUUUUUCCCAAGCAAUUUACCCUUAGUGGGAGACAAAUACUGUCUCUCCUCUGGGGUAUUUUUGGUGUUCUAUUCUCAAGCCUUUGUCCAAGCCCUGAUUCCCUAGAGUUUUAUAUAAGCUUCUCAUAUGUAUUUUUAAAAAUGUUCUUUAAAUUUUCCUCUUGAAGAUCCAAGUAAUUGAAAGCUUGCUGUUUCCCGCUUAAAAGCAGUGGGAAAUGGUUCAUAUUUUGUACA